GAGCAAAAAGUCGAGUAGAAGCAGAGGAAGGGGCAGAAAAAGAGGAAGAGAAGCCAGAGUCUUGUCUGGGGUGUGGACUCAAAAAAGAGGGCAGGGUAAAAGUGGGCGGACGGGUAGUUUCCAGUGUGUGUGCGUUUAGACUGCGAGUCUCAAAUUAGUAUCCUUGUGAGCAGGAGGAAUUAGACUUGAAGAGACAGACAGCCAUCAAACACACAGCCAUCAUGCUGAUUCUCCUCGCUGCCAUUUUCGUUCUUCACAUCAUUGGCAUCAUCCUCCUCCUGGUAUCUACCAUCGACAAUGGCUGGUGGGUGUCCGACACCAUGUACACUGAUGUGUGGGCCCGGUGGAUAAAUCAACAAGGGCAGUGGAACUACACUGAUCUCCCUGUAAUAUCAUCCUACCCACAAGAUUACCUCCAGGCGGUGCAGGCCAGCGCAGUGCUAGCUUGUAUAUUCUCCAUCCUGGGCAUCUUUGUGUUCGUGGCCCAGCUCUUCACCCUGGAGAAAGGACAGAGGUUCACGGUCUCCGGCGUCUUCCAGUUCCUCGCCUGCCUGUGCAUCAUGAUCGCAGCCUCCAUCUACACAGACCGCUUCCACACUGAUGAGAAAACUGGGUGGUAUGGUCACUGCUAUAUCCUGGCGUGGGUUUCCUUCGUUCUCACGUUCAUCUCCUCCAUCACUUACUUUGUGCUACGCAAGAAGACUGCAUGAGAAGGACACUAGUGCUGUCUCCAGGCAGCCUGACCCCUCUGGCUGCAUCUACUCUCUCAGCUUAAAUCUGAGUUUAGUUACAUAUGGGUUGGUGUUUAUGUUUGGACAUCAGAUUGGAGCUGCUAGUGUACAUUCAGCUAUAAAUACAGUAGACGUGCCGAUCCUCUCAAAUGCAUUCUGGGGUUUAACUGGGCCUGCUCUCAGAUCAUCAGGCUGUUUUGGUUGUGUCUGCAGUAAAAGGCAGGCUCAGUCAAACCCAGCUGCAUUUGAGUGGAUUUUCAACCCAGAGAUUGGUGCGAGAUUUCUUGAGGGUAUCAAAGGAUUAGAAAUAUUUUUGUUAUCUAAACAGAAAAAUGCCUCAAUGUUUAUAAGAUGCUAUGAUAAAUUAAGAUCUGUCAACAUUCCUGGAUUAAAACUAAAGCAGGUUCAAAAGUCAAAUCUGUGGUCUUCUUUUUGUAAUGUACAUUUACUUUUGGAUGUGUGUCUGAUAAAAAGGGGUGCAUUUUUGAUUUUAGCUCUUUUUUGUUUUCAUAUUGUUACUUCAUAGAAGUUAUUCCAUUUACUUGCUCUGGUAUGUCUUUAUGUAACGUGCCACUAAUUAAACCAAGUGUAACUACAUGCCGGUGCCAUCGAUUAUCAAAGGUAAACAUGUGCCUGUUUGAAGUCCUAAUGGCCUAAAUGCCCAUUUAUAUGACUGUGUAAUGAUAUAAAGUCUAAAUCAAUACAGUAACACAGCUGAGUUUGUUUUGUAAUUAUUCGUGAUAGUUAUCAAACUGGUUUCAGCCUUUAAUGGCCGACAGUGUCAAACCCUAUCCCAGAACCACAUCCUAUUUUGAAGUAAUUAACUCCAGACUUUAAAUAAUUUGGAGCAAACACAACAUACGACACAAGUCAAGUCAAGUCGUCACUUGUCCAGUCUGGCUGUGAACACGACACAUACUGCUGACUAAUCAGCUGCCCCCACACGGCGUGACAGAAAGGCCUCGACUCUUAAAGCGUGACAUAUACUAAUGUGUAAAUAUGUUUUGUUUCCCCGCUUUGUAUGUUUAUGGCAAUUUUAUUUUUGCUACCGUUAUUUCUCAUUAUGGAUGACAAUUAUUUUUACAAUAUUAAAACUUGAUUUUCAACCA